CUCUCCACUUCUCUUCCCACACAAAACCAUCUUCAUCAACAACACAAACAAACAACAAACAAUUACAUCUCCAAUAACCACGCUUCCAACAACCUCAAUCUCAACCAAAACAAGAGCAACAAUGAACUUCCUCCACCUGUUCCUCUCUCUCCUCUGGAUCCUCUUCGCCUCCCUCACCACGGCAGCCAGUCUCCCCCUCACCUCCCGCCAAACCUGCACCUACGGCCAAUACGAGUGUGCCCCAGGCGAUGUCUCCUUCUGGGUCUGUGCUUAUGGUGGAUAUCGGGAGGUAGCCGGAUCGUGUGGUGAAGGCGAGCAUUGUGAUGAUUCGACGGGAUCAAUUGUUUGUUUGCCUAAUUAGGAUUGGUGGACGUUGAAGCAAGGAUUUUGGUGAUGGGUUUUGGGGGAUGGAUAGUCAGUUGGUGGUUUUGAUACUGGAUGGUUGGUGGAUUGGGAUCUUUAAUGCAGGAUGCUUUGGGGCGCCUGAGAGUUGGUGAAGUGAACGGGCCAUGCUUUGAGAAAGGAAAUUUCUAUGACGGGCAAUAACUUUCUUCGGAAACUUGAGCUUCUGGUAGUCUUUACUUAUUGCAUGGAUUUCAUCAUGGG